AGCAGAUUGAAUGCAAACGUCCUGUCCCAAAUAUGUUGUCUGUUUCGUAUAGGGGUUGGCAGUCUGGUAGAUAUUUUACGUUUUUAUCGACGCUGGUAAUUUCAUUUUGCGUUCUUCAGAUACCAAACUCUGAGGCGUUAGAAGUGGAGACAUAUCCUCUACAUGAAGGUCUAGUCGACGGGAGCGUGGUACUUAACUGUAGCUAUGAUGAACCGGCUGAGUUUGCAGACCAGUAUAUCUAUACGUGGAGUUACAUCACAGAAGGUUCCGAUAAAAUCACGAUCUUUAUAAACAAUGGUGGCGAGGAACAAUCCUUUGGUGAAUACGCUGGUAGGGUGUCAACGGCUGGAGAUUAUGCUAGUCUGCAGAUUGACAACCUGGUUAUAUCAGACACUGGCAAUUAUGAAUGCGAUGUCGAUUUCUAUGUUUCUGGAGACCAGGGGGUUGCUAUUACUCAUCUCGAUGUCUAUAAACUGGUAGAUGGCGUAGAUAUAAUGGGAUACUCCACUGGUGAAUAUGUAUCAGUUGUACCUGGGGAUGUCACCACAAUGACCUGUAAUGCUUACAGAGGUUACCCAGAGGCGGUUCUUGUGUGGUAUCUUGACAAUGUUGUGGUGGGCAACGGUAAUAACACAUAUAUCGACAAUGGUGAUGGCACGUACGACACAACGUCAGAGCUAGACUAUACAUUUAGUGUAGCUGACCACGACAAAGCGAUGAAGUGUCAGUCUGAUCAAACACCGGAAAUACAGCAAUUACAAUCUGACUAUGUAAUGAUUGAUCUACUACAAGGAGAACCUGACAACCCUACAAACUGUGAAUGCGAGACUUCAGUUACAACAACCACGACUACCACUACCACCACUACUAACGGAGAGUCAACUACAACUACAACUGUGACUACGGUCGAACGUGUUGGGAAUUGCGUAGAAGUUCUCAGUCUGGAGUGA